GCUGCUCGGCGCAGGGCAACGACUGGGCCGCCCGCGCCGGGGCGCACUGCACCAGAGGCUUCGGCUUGGUGGAUGUGUAUGCAUGAGUUCUGCACCGAAUGGGCGCAAAAAGCGCCCCAGCCGGUCCACCCGCUCCUCGAUCUUUCAGAUCAGCAAGCCCCAGCUGCAGAGCGGGGAGUGGGAACGCAGGGGCAGCGGCUCCGAGAGCGCCAGCAAGACCCAGCGAACCCUGGACGACUGCAAGAUGCUUGUCCAAGAGUUCAACACGCAAGUGGCCCUGUACAGAGAGUUGGUCAUUUCUAUCGGGGACGUCUCUGUCAGCUGCCCCUCACUCCGGGCGGAAAUGCACAAGACCAGAACCAAAGGCUGUGAAAUGGCCCGUCAGGCGCACCAAAAACUUGCUGCCAUCUCAGGGUGUCAUGCUCACUCAUGUGGUUGAGAGGAUUAAGGGAGCCGGUAUGUGGUGCCCAGCCUGUCCAUGGCACUCCGCCAGUCCCAGGCUGCUCUGAGACUGGAACCCAGGUCUCUCACUCCCCGCUCUAGUGCCUGUUCCAUCAACCACAUCACUUCCUGAGAAGGAAGAGAGAGGAGCACAGCACACCAGCCAGGAGUGACCUGGAGGAGCCCAUCUCCUCCAGCAAACCCAAGCGCUUGUGCUAUGGCUGGUGAGCUAGUGGCUUGGAUUCCUUUUCCUGCACUGCUUCUGUGAUGGCUACUGCACUGUACUUUCUCCACUGCCUUCUGCUUGUGUCUGCUGAUGAGAGUGAACAGUGAAGUUGAAGUUUGAUAAUGUGAGAGGCAGUACAUUGUGUAAUGGGAAAGAGCACUGACCCUAAACCAGAGCAGACCUGGUUAAAAUUAGGGACAUAGACCUACUGAUAUGCAAGUUGCUUCACAGAGUGGUAAUUGGUAGCCUGGUACCUUGGCUAAGUACAUAGACUUCAGAGCUAACCUGCUGGUGUUCACAUUUUAGCUGCACCAUUUACAAAUAGUGUGAUUGUGGACAAAGAUAUUGUUUCUCCUUGCCUCAGUUUUCUAGUCAGCAAAAUGGGCUUAAUAAGUAACAGGACCCAAGUGUAUGGUAUUAUGAUGAUUAAAUUAACAUCCAUCAAGCACUUAAAAGACAGUAAAUGCUAUUAUUGUCAGUGUAAUUAUGAAUAUGAUUUAAAAUUUAAGUGGUCAACAUGCAUUUAUAUAAAAGUAUAUUUAUCCAUCAAAUAUUUUUCAA